AUGGAUUGUGUAAACCUGAGGUUUGGAAGAGAAGAAGAUCUAAGCGAUAUUUCUCCAUGGACUGCAAAGAACUUUACAUGUAGCUUUUGCAAGAGAGAAUUCAGGUCUGCUCAAGCUCUUGGGGGUCAUAUGAAUGUCCAUAGGAGAGACAGAGCUAGGCUGCGACUCCUACCACCUAACUCGAUCCUCUCUUCUUCCGAAUUUUCUCCCUACCCUAAUCCGAACCCUAGCCCUAACCCUAACCCUAAGUCUUACCUCUCUUCGUCGCCAUCAUCAUCAUCAUCAUCUCUUUCAGGUGCUAAUAACUACCGACCGCAAUUGGUCUCUCCUUGGAGCACUCAUGUGUCCAUACCUUCCUCAGCUACUUUAGAUCAUGCAAAUAAGAAGCUGAUGAUAUUAAACAGCGGUUCUCAUCAACAUCAGGUUCCUGCUUUCCUUAAUCCUAAGAAAGUCAUCAAGAGAAGCAGUGCUCUUGAUUAUGAGCUUGGAGAUCAACUCAAGGGCUCUGCUGGGUUUGCACAAAAACGUCAUCUCGGUGAUGAUUUCGAGGUUUUGAAGAAAGAUGAGAAGCAUAUCAACAUGAUUAGGGAGGAUUUUGAUUUGGGAUUGCUGCUUAAAAAUCCAACUAAAGAGGAAGUGGAUUUGGAACUUCGACUCGGGCAUCUCUAA